ACCGCCUAAACUGCGGCUAGAAAGUCGAUCUUCUAAACACCACGCUGGUUCAUACACCAUCAUUUACUUGACUACCCUUUGCAAUGGGAUCUUGACAUUUACAUGCUACUCCGCUAUGGACAACAACACUACUACGCCAGCUGCGCCCUCGCAACAGCCCUUCUCUGACUCCGUCUCGAUACCUCCCGAUCAUGUCGCUCUCCGGGUUACAUAUAUGGUCACUGGCAACCCAAGGCCACCUCACUCUCUGGGCAACUUGCCGUUGAGCACGUCUAUCGCAGCCCUCAAGGACAAAAUAAAAGACGAGCUUCCUGAGCACCCAUCUCCGGCAGAACAACGUCUCAUAUACCAGGGCAGACCGUUGCUGCGCACGGAUGCCACACUGCGGGAUAUUCUGAGGAUUGAGCCCGGGUCUGCACCUGGUCCUCUUCCAUACACUAUCCAUAUCGUCAUCCAAACCGGCGUGCAAGCGCCUGCGAGUACCACCAAUGGUCCAGAUACGGUCACGAACCGUCCACCUCCUCCGCCUAUGCCUGCGGUGCACCCCAACCACCAUAUCGACCAUCUGAGAGCAGUGGAAGCAUCGGCAACGAUACUACAGGACUCACUGUCUCGCAUUCAGCAACAGAUUGAGACCAAUAGAGCUGAUCUCCUUUCUGUGCAACAGAGAAUAAGCAUGAACCACCAUCCUGCAAGUGCAUUACAGGCAGCUCUAAAUGGUCAACCAUUUCCAGGACCUUCUUCACCCAUGAAUCUUCCCCACGGCCAAACUCAAGCACCACCUGCGUGGAUGCAACCUCCGACUGCGAGUACCCGACCUCGGCCGCAAAACCCUUUUCGUACUCCUGCUCAGCCAGACCAGCAGAAUCCGACUCCUGGUGUUCCUUCGAUCGGCUCAACUCAGCCAGAUGUGGAAGUCCGCCAUGGACCUCAUGGUGAGCGCAUCACGCUGACCAGGCACCAUAUGAACGUACCACUUCCUCUACAACGACCUUCUUCUGCACCAGGCCAACCUCAGGCACCUCUGACGGCAGCGCCGCAAAAUACCGCCUCUCCACAUCUACCCUCAACGUUUACUAGAAACAUCCCUAUGCCUCUUCAACUUCCUGCUCCACCACAUUUCCCUCUUCCUUUUCCACAAACCAGACCAUUGCAAGCACGAAUGUCCACUUCCACGCCCACCGCCUGGAUACUCUCAUCACCCAAUGGUCCUCAAGCAUUCUUGUUCGCUCCAGGUCAUGGCUUGUUCUCAAAUGGGCAACCUCCUCCUCGAUCCGCGACACAGCAUACAUCACCAGGCCCUGCUCCUACGCUAGCCUCACCACCUCCAGUCGGCCAGCAACAGCCACCUGCCCCCAUCAAUCAGAACGGCAAUGUCCAAAAUGCAUUGAUCCGACCAGCCCAGCAGCCAGGCCAAGCACCUGUGGCACAGAUACAGCAGAACGCAGAGAACAACGAUCUAUUCAACUUCUUGAUUCAUCGAGGGUGGCUGUUCUUACGGCUCUAUCUCUUCAUGUUUGUGUUCUCGGAACCGGGGACCUGGAAGAGAUGGGCAAUGAUACUGAUUGCGGCCAUUGUCUGCCUACAACCCAGAGAUGGCCCCUUCGUCCGUGCCAUAAGAGUCGCUCGUCGCCAUCUUGACAAUCUUAUCGGCCCGCCGGCCCGGCCACAAGCACAACCAGCGGCUGCGAGGCAGCGCAUAGCGGAGAAUGCUGGCAAUGCUGACAGAGCUGGCCAGCGACCAGCUAACGUGCGCGGAGCGGUACAAAUGACACCAGAAGAGGCUGCUGCACGUUUGGUUCGGGAGCACCGGGAGCAGAACCCUAACUUCUGGCGGGACACAUUUUAUCGAGUUGAGCAGAGUGUGGCGCUUUUUCUGGCAAGCUUGGUUCCUGGCGUUGGUGAACGGCAUAUCCAGGCACGAGAGGAAGCGAGGAGGGAAACGCAACGACUCGAGGAGGAGAGACAACAGGCUCAGCAAGAAGCACUCGCCCAAGUACGAGCUGCUGUUGCAGAUGGCAGUUUACCAGGCGAAGAUGCCACUGAAUCCGGGGCAAGUUCUGGUACUGAGGUGAAGGUGGAACGGCCAGAUGAGCCGAGUACAUCGACGUCGGUCCAAGUGAAUGACUCUAGUGCAGAGACUGGAGAGCUGCGCAACAGAACUACGUGAUGUUGACUGCCAGACAAAUGGGAUUGGGUCGCAAAGCACGGGCGUCCUUUUCACGCGGUCAUGCUCACCAGGUCAUGGUUUCCAGGAUAGACUCAAUCAAUCGCAUCCUCUAGACUCGUCUACUCGAUCGC